AUGACGUGUCCGAGUAAGAUAGUCAAAACCAGUUACUCAAGAGAUUGGCAAGAUAAUAAAUCCCUAAAAGAAUGCAUGAUGUAUAUGCUGAAGAAAGAAAUUAUGUGUGAUGCGAUUUUUCGAGUUGGGGCAGAACAAAGUAUUGUUAAAGUGCAUAAGUACAUGUUGGCUAGUCGGAGUCCAGUGUUCUAUACUAUGUUUGAAGGUGCAUGUCCGGAAAAGGGAGAAGUCAUUGUACCAGAUGUAAAUUUGGGUACAUUUAAAGUCUUGCUAAAGUAUAUUUAUUCAGAUGUACUGGAUCUUUCUCUUGACAAUAUUCAAGAAGUACUUUACGUUGCAGAAAAAUACAUGCUAUCAGCAAUGCAAAAUGAAUGUGCAGUUCUGCUUUCAUCAUCAGUUGAAACAUCAAAUGCCUCAAUUCUUUAUCAUAUUCAGUACAAUGCAGCAGAAUUUCUAAAAGCGCCAAAUGCUAUUAAGAUGUCAAAAGAAUGCAUGGAAUCUAUCCUUCAAUUAGAUUCGGCAAAUUGUUCCGAAACAGAUAUUUGCCAAUUUCUUAUAAAGUGGGCAGGUAGUCAAUGUGAGGCAGAGAAGAUCACACCGUCAGGUGAAAACAUGCGAAAAAUAACUGGUUCCCUGUUGUAUCUUGUCAGGUUUCCUCUUAUUGACAAAAUAUAUUUUGCAAACGAGAUUAUUCAUUCUGGGUUCCUGACUUUGGAAGAGGUAGUUAGUGUAUUUUCUUCCCAUUAUGGUCAGAAAAAUGAAUUUUUCGCAGAGUCAGUCCGCAAAGUAUGUUACCAGAAAAGUUACAGGGUUUUGAGGCAUAGUUAUUUAUCAAAUUCAUGGAUGUUAUACAGGAAUAAGGAGAAUGAUGCUUUGCAGAUAACAGUCAAUAAGAACAUCGAGCUUAAGUCUGUUAUCUUAUAUGGUGCAGUUGGCAAUGUAUCUUGCAAUGACAGAGAAAUUAUUGUAAAAAUUUUAAAUGAUAAUGGAAAUGAAAUAUGUAACCAAACAUAUGAGAGUUGCACUCAUGUGUGUGAUGUGCAGACUGUUGUUUUGUCAGAGCCUAUUCCAUUGAAUUCAAAUGAAUGUUUCACCAUUAUGGUAAACAGUGUGAAGUUUGUAGCAUACUAUGGGAACAAAUGCAAGCCAGAAUGCAGAAUAGAUGAUAUGACUGAACAAAGGAGAAUGGAAAACUGGCGAGAUGGGAAAUCAUUAUCAGAAUGCAUGGUAUACAUGUUAGAGAGGGAAAUUAUGUAUGAUGUCACUUUCCGUGUUGGAACAGAAGAAAGUAUUUUCAAAGCAAACAAGUACAUGUUGGCAAGUCGGAGUCAAGUUUUCUGUGAUAUGUUUGAAGGGUCUUAUCCCGAAAAGGGGGAUAUCAAGGUAUCAGAUAUCAAUUCGGCAACAUUUAAAGUUUUAUUAAAGUAA